AUGGUCUAUACGAAGGAGCGCCUCGAGCACGCCCUUCGAGUCUUCCACGAGAUCGCACCAUACGGCAAUGAAAGAGGGUUUCCAUCAGACAAUCUUGAGAGACAUUUGCGAAGCAGGUAUGGCUUCCGCAGGGCGGCUAAAAUAGUUCCAUUACCCAACUUCAGCACGUGGCACGAGCAUAGUAAGGAAGGCUCCGACGAUGGUGAGUAUGAUCCAAAGCAGGAGAAGAAAAAGUCGUGCAAUCGCAAGAAAAAGAACGACCCAAAGAGGAAGGCCGAAGACGUAGGCGACGAGGAAAAGCAGGUGAAGAAGACAAAAGAUGAGGAGAAAGCAAGUCUGGAACCUUAUAUAACGUUCAGGCUGAUGACCGAGAACGGAAGACGUUUCCUAGCAGACCUUGGGCCCAUUCGUGGGCGGGGUCAGGGUGAUUUCGAGGAUGAGGAGCUGGAAAGGGAGCCACAUCCUGAGCCAAGCUACUUUAAUAGGUAUCCAAGCACUAGAAAGUCGAGGAAGAACUCGGAUGCCUAUGGUACGACUGAGCUUGCAAGAGAAUGGGGUGUUGAGUCUGAGAUAUCGAAAGUCGGUGGUGCGCUGGCACGCACGUCCUUACGUAGUGGCAGAAUCUUAAAGAAGAAGAAAUCUGAGGAGCGCAAGGAACAAGACGUCGAGGACUAUAAUCCUGACAACGACCGAGAUCCCGUUGUCACUAAGGACCUGGACAAAGACCAUGUCAGCCAAGCUCAACCAAGUCCCACAACGAGCACUGUCACCAAGCCAGAUGUCACUAAGCCAAUACCUGCCAGACAGAUCGGUUCUUGGGACGAUCCCAUCGAGCUUCUCGAUGACUCCGAUGAAGAGGGCCCACACCUUCCAAACAGCCAUGCUACUCUCCACCAUCACAAUAAAAACAACGCAACCAGGCAGCAAUAUCCUCCGUCACCAGUCUCGCUACGGAGUGACAGUGUUAGCCUGAGCCAAGCAAGUCGUUCGCAUGAUGAAUUUUACAGCGAGGCGAGCACGUUCACUAUCGAGACCUACUAUGCCCACCCCAUCCACUUCCGCCUCAUACCUAAAGCUCGCACACAAUGUGACUUUUGCGCUGACUAUCGCAUGGGCAUCCUAGGACUAGGCAAACGAGCAGUCUCCGUCUUCGUCGAUAAGGACAAGCCCUUCCAAUACCAAGAGCUAGGCGACGGCCAUUGCAAUGAAGGAAAAUCACCCACGAAAAUGUGCGUGACCUGCGCCCUGAGAAGGUUGUGGAUAACACGCUGCCACGAUCCCAGUGCCAGCAGCUACAAUAGCAAUUCCAGAGCUCGGUCCAACACAAAGCCAGCAUUUCGAAGAGUCCAGGGUUUAAUGCCAACAAAAGAGAGGCUAGCCGCCUAUCUGAGACAUCUUUUCAAAAAGGAGUUGUUGCCAGGGACGAACACACUUUCCAAGACUGCGCUUCUCCCCACCUGCAAUCUCUGCUUCACGCCCGCAAUGUGGGAGUGCUGCAAGUGGCAGAAGACGGAUAUUAUGAAAAGGCCGUGCAGGAUUCCAGAUCAGACGGAUUCUUCAGCUGUGGUGAGGGCUUUGUCAGGUACUCCGAGCACACCUCCAAGGAAGAUGGACGCUGAUGUCAAACCAAUCUUUGAGGAAAAGCCUACGACAUCAGUUGACAAGGAUGACGACGUUGACAUGGCCCCCAACGCCUUGCCUUCAUCCUCGUCUUCGAUCACAAACAGCCUCAAAUCACAAAAUCUCCCUUCCUCAAACUCCUCUUCAAAACCACCACACCCCCACUCCUCAACAACAACACUCUCCUCCCCGUCCUACCUCCGCGCCCCCAUAAGCGGAUGCGGCCUCAAACUCUGCUUAACAUGCAAAUCCUUCCUCGAAACACGCUGCAACGGUCAACUCGACAGGUCAAAAGUGAUGAAAUGGCUGAGGGCUGGGCCAGAACAUGGGAAUAAAUUUGGGCCUCGGGCGGAUGUUGAAUGGUUGUUUGGGGGGAGUAUGUUGGAGAGGUGUUAUGAGAUGGGGGUUGGGGAGUGUGGGAAGGGCGGAAGGAGGGGAUGA